AUGCAUUGCGAGGUGGCCGAGGCACAUUCGGACAAGAGGCCCAAGGAGGCCCUCGGUGCGCCCGGUCCCGGCCGCGGGCCCGCCAGCCUCGGCGCGCACAUGGCCUUCAGGGUCACCGUGAGCAGUAGCGGCUGCGGGGACAGGGGCCCGCGGGACCUGCUCGUCCGAACGCCCGCGCCGCCGCCGCGCGCCCACGACCUCCUUCGGCCCCGGAGUCCCCGAGAUUAUGGCCCGUCCAAGGCCGCCGCCGCCGGGAAGGUGAACGGGAGCUACGGCCACUGCACCCCGGGAUCGGAGAAGAGCCUGCUGGACCUGGACCUUGCCGAGGGCCCUGGCCCUACCUGCUGUCAAGGCUUAUUUCUCUCUGCAGGAACCCCACCACCCCGAGGUCAGCCCCCAGCCUGUGAGAGGCUGCUGCAUUUCUCCCACCCUAACAGGUCACCCAGAUCCCAGGCCACCUAUGUGAAUGGCAGCCUCCCAGCCACACAACACAUCAAGCAGGAGUCCCUGCCCGACUUCCAGGCCAUGACAGAGGCCCGCACGCCCCUGUCUGCCCACUGCCGGGCCCCGCCAGCCACUGGCCUGCACACAGACCUGGACCUCCCCACCAGAGGCCUUGCCAACCCCGCACCUUCCGGCUACCUGCUGGGCAACGAGCCCAGCUCUAGCCUGGGCCCCCAGCCUGAGGCCCACCUCCCCGAGGGCAGCCUGAAGCGCUGCUGCCUCUUGGGCCUGCCCACCAGCUCCUCAGCCUCCUCCUCGCCCUGUGCCUCCUCUGACGUCACCCCCAUCGCCCGCUGCUCCCAGACAGCUCUGGUCACCUGUAUAAAUGGACUUCGAAGUCCACCUCUGCCGGGAGACCUGGGGGGCCUUCCCAAGCGGGCCCGGCCUGGCCCUGUGUCCACUGAGAGCCUUGAGGUCAGUUUGCAACUUGAAGCCUGCCGGAAGGGCGGCUUCCUGAAGCAGGAACCUGCGGAUGAGUUCUCAGAGCUGUUCGGGCCUCACCAUCAGGACCUGCCACCCCCAUAUCCCCUGCCUCAGUUGCCAUCCAGCCCUGGUCUUGGAGGCCUGGGGCUGGGCCUGGCGGGUGCGGUGGUGGCCGGGCAGCAGGCCUGCCGCUGGGUGGACUGCUGCGCAGCGUACGAGCAGCAGGAGGAGCUGGUGCGGCACAUCGAGAAGAGCCACAUCGACCAGCGCAAGGGCGAGGACUUCACCUGCUUCUGGGCGGGCUGCGUGCGCCGCUACAAGCCCUUCAACGCCCGCUACAAGCUGCUCAUCCAUAUGAGGGUGCACUCGGGCGAGAAGCCCAACAAGUGCAUGUUUGAAGGCUGCAGCAAGGCCUUCUCACGGCUGGAAAAUCUCAAGAUCCACCUGCGCAGUCACACAGGGGAGAAGCCGUACCUGUGCCAGCACCCGGGCUGCCAGAAGGCCUUCAGCAACUCCAGCGACCGUGCCAAGCACCAGCGCACCCACCUCGACACGAAGCCGUAUGCCUGCCAGGUCCCUGGCUGCUCCAAACGCUACACGGACCCCAGCUCCCUCCGCAAGCACGUAAAGGCCCAUUCAGCCAAAGAGCAGCAGGUGCGUAAGAAGCUCCACAUGGGCCCUGAUACAGAAGCCGAUGUCCUGACCGAGUGUCUGGCCCUGCAGCAGCUCCAUGUGGCCACACAGCUGGCGGCCAGUGACGGGAAGGGCGGCCGAGCCCCGGGCCAGGAGCUGCUCCCAGGUGUGUAUCCUGGCUCCAUCACCCCCCAUAAUGGGGUUGCAUCGGGCAUCCUGCCCCCCACACAAGAUGUCCCUUCCAGGCAUCACCCACUGGAUGCCACCACCAGUUCCCACCACCAUCUGUCCCCUCUGCCUGUGGCCGAGAGCACCAGGGAUGGGUUGGGGCCUGGCCUCCUCUCGCACAUGGUCGGCUCCCUGAAGGGACUUGGGCCACCGCCUCUGCCACUGUCAGGCUGCUCAUCCUCCCAGAGCCAUUCCCCCGGGGGCCAGCCCUUCUCCACACUCCCCAGCAAGCCAUCCUACCCACCUUUCCAGAGCCCUCCGCCCCCGCCUCUGCCCAGCCCACAAGGCUACCAGGGCAGUUUCCACUCCAUCCAGAACUGCUUCCCCUAUGGUGACUGCUACCGGACAACUGAGCCAGCAGCCAGCGGGGAUGGAUUGGCCGGGGAGGCCCACGGUUUCAACCCCCUGCGGCCCAACGGCUACCACAGCCUUAAUGCACCUUUGCCUGCCACAGGCUACGAGGCCCUAGCAGAGGCCUCAUGCCCCACAGCAGUGCCACCACAGUCGUCUGAAGAUGUGGUGUCCAGUUGCCCCGAGGACUGUGGCUUCUUCCCCAAUGGGGCCUUUGACCACUGCCUGGGCCACAUUCCCUCCAUCUACACGGAUACCUGAAGGAGGCCCCACCUACACCCACACCUGCCUGCCCUGCGCCACAGAGCUGCCCCACCCACUCGCCAUCUGCUCCGCUCACACGCCCUACGUCGGGAGCAGCCAGGCCACUGGAGCAGCCAGGCCACCAGCGCAGCGCGUUGCUGCAGUGGCACUCAGCACUGCCCAGGGAGCCAUCACCCCAGCCGGAGCUGGCGCUCAGAGCUGUCCACCAGGACCCGUGGCCCUGUGACAGUUCUCGAGUGUGUCUUCCCGUUUCUCUCCCCAGUGGUUUUGAAAUCACAGACCUCGUGUAUAUAAAAUGUACAGAACUUGUUUUCCAUCCCUUGCCAGUUUUAUAUUUUUGGUUUUACAAGAAAAAUUAAAAACUGGAAAUGAGAUGUG